AUGCACCCCCAUCAGCAACAAAGGUUUGAUCCGAUUACACCUCCAAGAAGAGACGAUCCUCGCCGUCGCGCAGCGGAGGAAAUACUGCACACCCCAAUUGCUACUUCCUCUAUGCGUACCACGCAGCAGCUCUUCGGUGAUCCUUCUACGUCGCAACAAUGGUCCAGUGCAGGUCACUGGCAGGGUAAAAUGCUGCCGCCGCCUCAACAAGCUACCGUGGGUCCUUACCCUCCCUCGACUCCUCCGGUAGUAGCAUCGCGUCACGACGUCAUUUCCGGUGCCGGCGUGAGUGUGCAGUCUACGCCCUCCCGUGGACGCCGCCCAUCCCUCACUUACUUCAAAUCAUCGCCCACCUCUCCGACUCGCAGUGAAGAUGAGAGCGUUUCAUCCAGUCCUAGUCACACCAGGACGGGUUCUCAGCCUCCUGGCCAGACAGGCUCUGGUGACCGACAAAAGCGAAGCAACACAACUACUGGAGGUACAGGUGGGAGUACUGCGACCUUUGUGAAGAGGCUUUACUCGAUGCUCAACGAUUCCAGUGCUUCGCAAUGCUCUUGGAAUCCGUCUGGAACCUCUUUCUAUGUCACCACUGUGAGCGACUUCUCCCGCGACGUCCUCCCUCGCUAUUUCAAACACCAAAACUUUACAAGUUUCGUGCGCCAACUGAAUCUUUACGGUUUUCACAAGUCGAAUCGUACCUACCGUGGGUCCAAGUCUGCUCAGCGCAACCCGCAGAACGAAGUGUGGGAAUUUCAGCACUCUCGGUUCAUGCGCGACCGCCCUGAUCUGAUUGAGACAAUGAAAAGAAACGACCACACCAGAGAGGAUCCUUUCAUGAAUGGUCCACAGAUGGAAUUUUCGGGUCGCUUGCUGGCCAUGCAAGAGUCUCAGACAGAGCUCAUGCGUGAAGUGAGGUCACUACGUGGUAAUGUGGCGGAUUUGAGCAGAACUGUCGCCGAGGUUGGAGUGAGACAGCAAGAGUUGGAAUCUAUUGCUUUGAGACUCGUGCACAGUCGCACGGAGCUCGAGGGCAGGCUGGACCAGGCCCAGCGUGAGAAUGUACUCGCCCAGCAAUGGCAGCAGAACCUUCGCCUUUCGGAAACGAGUGGACAGGCUAGUACCAGUGCGCAACACGUCGGUUACGACAACUCCGGGUUACGUCGACCGUUUGGCAUGCAGAGUGAUGAACCACGCUGGGAUGUUGGGCAGCACUCGCCUUUAUCAUUCUACUCUGGCGGGCCCGUGUCGUCAACUCCGCUGUCGGUAAGCUUCGACCGACCGGCGCCACAACUCUUACCUGCCCCUACUUUCAGCCGUGAAGCGCCUCAAAGGACUGGAUCAUUCCCUUUCCCUUCCUCUGUUCCCAGUGGACUCUCGUCAGAGCAUUCUACUCUCAAUGCUCCAGCUGGAACGUCGGGAGGUGCCUGGGCUCCUGGCAAUGCUAUGGCUUCACAUUCCUCAUACGUCGCUCAGUCGACUGGUCAGCCAAGUAUUCUGGCCCACCAACGCACGAGCUCACUACCUAGUGGUACAAGUUACUCUCAAGGCUAUGCGUCCGAGCUGCGUAAACCGCAGAUGUUCCCUCUACAGGCUGAUCCUUCCACUCAAACGCCAGGCAGUCGUGCUGCUGGUCAGCACCAGGGGCAGCAGGUGGCAGAAGGAAGUUCAGACGAUGAUGAUAACGAGGAAGAGGAAGAGGAGGAAGAUGACGAAAACGAAGGCGAAAAGUGA